AUGCUGGACAUUCAGGACAUUACCACCCACGGGGAGAGGCUCCUGGACUUCGCCUGCUUGCAGCAGCUGGAGGCCCAGACCUUCGCCACGGACACGGCCAUUAGCGACCACGACGCGAUCGUUUUUGAGCUCUGGCGGGAGCUCCGGACGCAGGUGCAGACCGUGGUCAAGUUCGACGAGCUCAACCCGCCGCUCGCGACGGAGGACUGGGACGAGACCUUCUCCCAGGCCAUGGACAAGCGCAGAGACGAGUGGGACGCUGCAGCGGCCCGCCAGGAUGUGGAAGCUAUGUGGGCCCUCUGGUGCGACAUGCUCGAGGACUCCGCCGGCGUCCCGGGCAACAGGCAUCGGCGCAAACACGGCACCGUGCUCAAGCGCUGGGAACGGGUCUGCAAGGGCCCAGACGGACAACGGCAGACGGUGGUCGAGAGACGUCUCCACAGGCUGCUCCGGCGUGUCCACCACGCCCUCGAAGGGCCUCGGGCCGGCUCCGACGGCCUCUCCCUCUUUGGCAAUAUCCGCAGCGGGGUACAGAGCCUCGUCGACGACGGCGUCCUGGGCGAGGGCACCGCGGCCGACGGCGAGGAUUUGGCAGCGCUCCGCACAACGAUCCUCGCGAAGCUCCAGCAGCUGGCCGAGGAGAACAAGCAGCGCCGGCUCGCGGCGUGGAGGGAGCGGCAGCAGGCUGGAGACCUCAAGGCAACUUUCCGGUACGUGGCCGACAGGCCCCCGCUCUCUGUGAAGGCGGCCUCAGACCAGCGUGGCCGGCCCACGGCCGACCCCAAGGCCAUCGUCGCGGCAGCUGUGCGACAGUGGAAGAAGAAGCAGCACCCGCGUCUGGAGCAGCACCAGAUCGGCGACUACCUCCGGGAGGUGAGGGACGUUGUCGAGCUCGUGGAGCCGCCGGACAUUGGCUGGAUGUUCGAGGCGCCGGAGCUCCGGGCCGCCCUCCGAAAGACCGCCGGCACUGCGGCGGGCCCCGGGCAAAUCAAAGCAGAGCAGCUCGCACAGGCCCCUGGCAUCGUGCUGGACCUCCUGGCAGACCUGGCAAACGCCAUCAGAGACACGGGGACUUGGCCCGCGGCCCUCAAGGCGCAGGAGGUGACCAUGAUCCCAAAGACCAGUGACAAGCCCGACUUGCGGCCUAUUGGCGUCGCCCAGUCUGUCGCCCGGGCCAUCAGCAGGGUCGCUGUCAGCAAGUACAAGCAGUGGGCCAGCCAGGUCCAGCCCACGGAUGCGCACGAGAUCCUGCUCACGGUGGACCUCGCUAUCGAAAAGGCCGCCCACGAGGGCACCCCGCUGCACAUUCGCCAGAGCGACCUCUCGAACUGCUUCACGCGGAUCCAGCCGGAGCUCGUGGUCGAGGUUGCCGUGCUCUUCGGCAUGCACCGAAAGGACGCAGUGCUCCUCUUCAUGAACAAUGUCCGCCGCGACGCGGUGGUCAAGGUGAGCGGCUACGCCAGCGACUUGCUCCUGGUGCUGCGCGGCCUGGCACAAGGCGACCCCGCCUCUCCGCUCGGCGCAGCUAUCCUGGCGGGCGCCCACGCGCGCAAGGUCUGCUCCGUCUUCGAUGUGGGCAUGGGCACCUACGUGGACGACCGGACCACCUACGCCAACGACAGGGACACCCUGGACGGCGCCGAAGCCCUGCUCAGGCGCCUGGACGAGCUGAGCGGCCAGAAGGAGGACGACAGCAAGCAGGACAGGGCGGCGGUGAACGUCGCCGGCGGCCAGCACAAGGACCACCUCGACUUGCUCGGCGUGCGGCUGGAUCUCACUGGCCAGAAGCCGCCAGCGGCCGCCCCGCGAGCCAGGACGCGGGUGGCCAACCUGCUCGACAAGCUGCGUCGGCUGCGCACCGUGGCCAAGGCAGCGCGCCUCGGGCGCAGGGCAAGGAAGCGGGUCGUCAUGGCCCUGGCGGGCAGCAUUCGGUGGGACGCGCCGUGGUGCUCGUUCCCCAAGGAGACCGUGACCCGCGCACGGUCUGCCAUGGAGUUGGCACUGGAAAGCAGACGCAGGCACGCAGCCUGGCGCCACAAGGGCGCGGCAUGGUGCAUGAAGGACAAGGCCUGGAAGUUCGAGCCCGACGGCCUCGCGCUCUCCAGCACCGUGAGCAUGCUCAGACGCGUCGCCCGCACCCACUUGGGGCCCGCGGUGGAGGCGCGGUGGGACCACUGCGACGGCAGCGGCCUGCGCUGGCUGGACCGGGUCCGCGGGGUCCUGGAGACCAUGGGCUGGCACCCCGGCCCGUCGCCCUUCGAGGUCGCCUUCGGCGGUGACGGCUUCCGCCUCGCGGAGGUGUCAAAGAGCUUUCUGGACCACUGCGUUCGCGAGACGUGGCGGGCCCACACGAUGCGGACCUGCAGAAUAACCGCCAGGAAGGUGCCGGUCGAGGUGCCGAGCUUGGACGUCAAGACGUUGCGGCGCUUCGUGGAGGAGGCGCCGACGGCCGCGGAGCAGAGGUGGCGGUGGCGAUGCUGUGUUGGCGCCGAGCCUUCUCCAGACCGCCUCAGCCACGUCACGGACGAAGUGGCGCAUGACUGCCCCAUCUGCCACAGUGCUGCGACCACGUGGCACUUGAUGUGGCGGUGCGACGCCACCGAGCAUGAGCGGCAGCGCCGGGGCCUCCACGAGGCCACCAUCGGCGGGCAUCUGCCUCAGCACGAACGGUCCGCCCUUCUUCUCAAUGGGUGGACGAGGGCCGAAUGGGACCCCCCUGACGGCCAGUCGCAUGAUGCGCACCGCGCGGCCGCCAAGGGCCAGGGGAAGCUCGCCCUGAACAUCCUGCGCUUGAAGGACCGGGUCCUGAAGCGCUACUGGGACAUCUUCGUGGGCAUCGCGCCGGAAGCGGGCCACGGCAGCAACCAGGCCGCGAGGCAGGGCAGACCACUGCCACGAGCAGGAGGCAGGGCGGCGCUGCCGGCCCUCUCCCGUCCCGACACGAGCAACCAGACGCCGGCCGGGCUGGCGAACCAGGACAUCCCGCAGCACGCCGGGGACAGGGACAUUUCGCAGCACGCCGCGGCGGCAGCUGCGCCGGCCGACCGGAUGAGGAUUUUCGUGGAGGGCGUGGACGUGGACGCGGAGGUGCUCGAGCUGCCCGCCGCGCUGCUCGGCCCCGACGAGCUCGCAGCAAAAGAUCUUAGGCACGGCCGCGUGGUAUGGAUCGCGUUUAAUCUCACCGCGAUUCUGACGUCGCUGAGCCCGCGCGGCGCGGCGCUGGCCGAGGACGAAUUUCAGGCAUUUGUGCGGGCGCUCGCGGGAACCGCUGUCGCGCUGGACUUGAGGGCCAGCGACACAAUCGGCGGCGCGAAACAUAAAAUCGAAGACAAGCACCGCGUCCCCGCCCGCAUGCAGCGCCUUCUCCUCGGGCGCAAGGAGCUUGACGAGGACGACUGCCUGAUCGUUGAUUACGGCAUUGCCAAGGAGUGCACGUCGAUGCUGACAGGAGGUUUGCGCGGUGGCGGGAAGAAAGGGGCGGUCCCGAUUCCUCCGUUCGACGCGUCCAGCGCGCCGCCAUUCGAGUGUUUCUUCCCCGACUGUGGCGUCCAGCGAGACACGUACUGUGAGCUGAUGGAGCACAUCCGCGAGGAUCACCCGGGCGCGAGCGCGUCUGACUGUGAUGGGACAUUAUUCGGCGACGCUGUUCGGGGCGAGAAGAAGCCCUUAGAGGUGCCGGCGAGCGCGGCGAGCGCGGCUGCCUCGGCGCCAGCCGCCGAGAACGCGGCGGCCGAGGGCGCCACUUCGGCCGGCGCAGCGCCGCCGCCGCCAUUCGACAAGGACAGCAGGCCGCCCUACGCGGGCUGGUUCCCCGAAAGCAGGUGCCAACGUCUUAAGUACGUCUAUAUGAUGAAGCACGUCCGUGAAGAGCACGGCAUGGUAUCGUCGGACUUCAAUGGGACCUUCUUCGGCCAGCAAGUAAGGACGGACAAGAAGAAUGAGAACGAUGCCCCAAAGGAAAAGGCCGCCGCGGCAGGGCCAGCGCCAUCAGCAGAGGCAGCCGUCCCGCGCCAGACUUGGAUCGUCUGCGUUACAGAGCUACGGGCGGAUGACUUGGCGGCCGGCGACAAGAAGAUUGUGUGCACCGUAGGGAAGGGCCGCUUCUUCACGGUCCGAGCUGGCGACCUAAUCAUCAUCGCCUGCUCUGGUGCCAAGGGUAGAGUGACGGCGGCGCGCCAGGCUGCCGCAAAGGCCCAGCCAAGCUCUGACCCGGAGGAUCUGCGGGGCACGGUGCUGCCCGCGAGGUGGGACGACCUCUUGUGCCACUUGGGUGGCAAGCCCUUCACGUGCAUCCACAUGCGCCGCGCCUGGGACGUCCGUGGCCUGCGCGUCACGGCGGAAGCGCUUGUUCGGGACAGCCAGGCCAAGCCCUUGACGCGGGGCUGGCAUCAGCGCUUCGUGAGCGCCUCCAAGGACGACGCCGUCGCCGCAAGGCUGCUGGAGCGCAUCGGCGGCUGCCAUCGCCGGGAUCUCCCAAACAUGUCCGGGGGGCGGCGCGGCACCAUCCGCACGCCGCCCCCCGGAAAUGUUUCUUGCCUCUGCAACCGCGACCGGCGUCGAAGGGGCCAUUCAUUGGCAAACAGUUCUUUUGACGAUUAA